AUGCCUCAACAAUCGGGGCCUUCGCCAGACAUCCUGGCCUCUUCGUCUGACCAGCGUCUGGGCCACAUCCUCUACGGUUCCAUCCACGGACACAACAAUGUCAGCACUCCCGAGCCCUCGAAGCCCACCAAGCCAGGCACGCGCGCCCUGGCUCCCGACCUACUACGUGGUUUGCUUAUGCUCAUCAUGGCCAUGGACCACAUGGCUCUCGCCCUGAACACCUGGGAGCACGGCACCGGCCGAGAGACCGAGGCGGACGGUGUGAUAAUCAAGAGCUGGAAUCGACCUGCUGCGUACUUCGUCCGUACGUUGACGCACCUCUGCGCGCCGGGCUUCACCAUGCUCCUCGGCAUGGGCGUUGUGUAUCUCGGUCGCUCGCGGACGAAGCUUGGAUGGUCGACGAUGCGGAUUGCAAAGUACUUCGCCGUGCGAACGCUUGUUUUAAUACUGGUUAACUUCGUCCUCGGGUUGAUUCUGUCAGUGGGAAAGCUCUGGUUUAUGAACUUUGUGCUGUUUGCGCUGGCGAUCGAUUAUCUGCUUGCUGGUUUUCUAUGGCUAGCGAUGGACUUCACAGAGCCACUGUUAGCGCGAGCUGUCACGAAAAUGGUCCCUGAGAAGCGAGACAGCGAGAACGAGGCGCUGUUGGGUGGUCAGACACGAGAGGUGUCUGACCUUGGAGUUCGGGUGUCUUGGCAUGCUCAUAAUGCGUUCCUUGCAGUACUAGGCUUGGUGACUAUCUGGUGGAAUAUCUGGCUGUCACCCACCCACGGCCACUGCGAGGUUAAGGACCAUACAUCUUUCCAACUGAAUACUAUCUCUGCGGCUGGCAACAAGGGUCCUACCGACGGUCCCGCUGUGUCGCACAACCCGUGGUUCGGCAUUUGGUUCUGGACCACCAUUACAGAGCGCGUUAUGUCUGCCUUCCCACCAAUGGCUUGGGUCUCAUUCGCCAUUUUGGGUCUCUUGUACGGACGAAUUGACACUUCUCGAACAUGGGGUGCGCGCACUUCUUCGCUUUGCAACUUAGCCGCUGGACUUGGCUUUGUCAUUCUCUUCGUGUUCACGCGAGUCUUCCAAUUUGGCAAUCUCUCUGAUGGCUGUCUGCAGACACCUGAGCACAUCAAGCAUCCCGACAGCAACCAGUACCUCGUCUCGGUGCAGUCAUUCUUUUACAUUAUGAAGUACCCUCCUGAUGUCGCUUUCUGGGCUUUCACCAUGGCCGGCAAUCUCUUCCUCCUCGCCUUCUUUGGCGGCAUCCCCACCAACAUCGCCAAGCGCUUUACCAUACUGCUCGACUUUGGCCGAGCGGCUCUGUUCUUCUACCUUUCUCACAUGUUCCUGGUCUUUAUUUUUGGAGCACUUAUGGUCCGUUGGUUUGGUCAUGACACUGGUAGAAAUGGGCCGAUGGGUUCUGAUUCUACUCUUGGCAUUGACAACGUUUUUGCCUACCUCGGCAUUUGGGCCUUUGCUAUGCUGUUGAUUUGGCCCUUGGUGAGGUGGUACAGCCGCUUCAAGGCGACGAAGUCUGCUGACUCCAUUUGGAGAUUCUUCUAA